AAAUAGAUUUUGCAUGUCGAUGGCAGAGUAGGAGAUUGAGUAUGACUUGGCACCGGCCAGAGAGCCAAUUAAGCAAUAUGUGAAAGAUGGAGAUUCCUGCUGCUUCCACUGGAAAGUGCUGCUUUGUCGUCUUGUAUAUAUGCUUAUAUGCUGCCAUUUUAGCUGUGUCCUCUAUAAAGCGCCCGGCCGUGCUCCUUCAAUUCGGCCUCAAUUGUUCCUUCUCUUCUCUCUUCUCCCACAACACAUAUACACCCCACACGUAAGCUUGACAACAUCGAAGCAUGCGGCGGCGGUGGUACGCGAACGCCCGGGAGAUCGUCGGCUCCGGCACCGGCGAUGGGGCCACGGUGGUGCUGGCCCACGGCUACGGCGUGAACCAGGAGUCCUGCUGGGGCAAGAUCAUGCCCUCCAUCGUCUCCCAAGCCAGCAAGGUGAUCCUCUUCGACUGGGACUUCACCACCACCGCUCAUCAUCACGAGGAAGAAGACUGCUUCACGUUUGGGAGGUUCGCGGAUGACCUGAUCGAGCUCAUGGACGAGAAGAAUGUCCGAGGGGCCGUGCUGGUGGGCCACUCCAUGUCAGCCAUGGUGGCCUGCAUCGCCUCCAAGCGCCGGCCCGAGCUCUUCGCCCAACUCAUCCUCCUCUGCGCUUCACCAAGGUACAUAAACUCAUCGCCCUUGGAGAGCGAAGAGGAGUACGUGGGCGGGUUCGAGGAGUCCGCGAUCCACGGCAUGCUGGCAGCCAUGGAGACCGACUUCUCCGGGUGGGUCCACGGCUUCGUCCCCAACGCCGCCGGAGACCCGGCGUGCGUGGAGCCGCUGGAGCGGAGCUUCCUGGCCAUGGACCCGGCCGUGGCGGUCGGGGUGGCCAGGAUGAUCUUCCUCGGCGACCAGCGCGACGCCCUGGACGCCGUGCCCGUGCCGUGCGUGCUCGUCCAGGCGCGCCACGACUUCGCGGCGCCGGUGGUCGUGGCCGAGUACAUGCGGCGUAGGAUGAGCAAUAAUAACAAAGCCGGCGUGGCGGCGGUGGAGCUGGAGGUCGUCGACUCCGCCGGCCACUUCCCCCAGCUCGUGGCGCCGGAGCGGGUGUUGGACAUAGUCCACGACGUGCUACGUCGCACGAGCAACGUGAGGCCUGCCGUCGCCGCCGAGGUGCCUUAGGUCGACCGCGGCAUCAAUGUCAGCACACCAUCGGGGCUCUAUAUUAUUCCUCGGUCACCGCCAAGAACCGUCCGUUCUCGACUGGACGGUUAUCAGCAGUUUUAUUGUUCUAGAGUCGAUUAAACCGUUGGACACUCUCUUACACUCAAUCGCAUGCACCUCUCAUGUCAUGUUUUCCCGCUCGCUUGUGUCUGUGAACCAGCAUGAAGGGCACUUGUUGUGUUCUCAGGGUUUGUUUUCCUUCUGUACAUGUAAACCGAAUUGAACCUUCCGUAACAUAUAGCUAUCAUGGCUAGCUUUAUUACGAAUUGAACCUUCGUAACAUAUAGUUCA